CACUGCCACUGGUGUCAAAUAGCUAUAGACAAUUUCUUGGUCUCAAGGAACAGCCUGGUUGUUAAAUGACUUUAUUUCUGAAAACAGUAAAGCAGCUUUGCAUUUUACCUCUAUAUUAUCUUUAUAUUAUCUUUCUACAUAUACAGAAAUGUCCAAUCAACGCAAAAAUGUAACCCCCUGCAAUACCCCCGUUGACCAUGUAGGUGUAACGACACACCUUGCUGAAGACAUGUCUUUACGUAUCUUUUACUUUUAGUAAUAUUGUAGUGCUUUUAUUUUGAAACGUACGCCCGGAACGUGCAGUACUUUCCAUGGCGGACUUAACUAUGGCCUCGUCUUCACAUACAGAGAAGGGGGAGAGAGAUGUCUGUGUUACUCUUUCUCUUUACCCUAGCGGCUCGGUGUCUCAGCUCGUAAACCCGGAGUAACUGCUGUGUGAUUUAAUGCUUCUCACGCGACAGACCGAGUGGUCCGCCACCUCCAGCACCUCCAGCACCUCCACCUCCCAGAGGGGUUAAAAUGGCAGGAGCUGCCACCGUCAUCUUCAUCGGAGGACCUGAGUGAAGACUGUUACACUGCUACCUACCCAACUCCAUCCAUGACUUUUUACUGUGAACCGUGGACUGCUGUGCCUCAGACUCUGUAAUGGAAAAUCGCGAUGAUGAAAAUGAGCAGCACCACAGCACAAUGGUGGGUGAGGGGGGCAGCACAGGGGACAGCACUCCGAAGCGUAAGGGCAAGUUCUCUACCCUUGGCAAGAUCUUCAAGCCCUGGAAGUGGCGGAAGAAGAAAAGCAGCGAGAAGUUCAAGGAAACAUCUGAAGAGCUGGAGAGAAAGAUGUCGACGAGGCGCACACGUCAGGAGCUCAUAGAGCAGGGAGUGCUGAAGGAGGUCUCGGAAAAUGAUGCAGAUACUGACACCCAAAGCACCAAGCAGCCCUACGUAAAGAAUGGACACACACUCCCUGUGAGUGCUGGGGUUGGUGGUGUUGGGGCAGGAGGGGUCAACAGUGGCAGGAGCCCGUGCACUCAACUCCCCUUAGAGUCGGACUUUAGGGUGAACCCGGCCUGGCUCAGCCACACAGAAGACCGCAAAGGCCGCCAUCCAUCAGAUGGGGACAGACGUGGAGUGCUGUGUUCCAGAGGCACAGGAAUGCAUGAGGAUGGGCGGCGAGGUGGCGGAGGGAUGGGGAUGCGUUCACACGGUGAGGGCGAGUGGAAAUCUAACAUGGCCUGGCAGGGCCAGCUCCACAACCAGAUGGAGGAGGGCAGACGAGGAGGCCGACUUCAUCCGGAGGACGGACAAAAAAGACCCGGGCUGCAGAAGGCUCCAUCUGAGGAGGGCAGACGGAGCAGACCCUUGGAAGCAGACUGGAAGCCUGCGCUCCCUCGACAUGCAUCUGUGGAGGAGGGCAGAGCUCACAGAGGUGUGUCCACACAGCAGUCCUCGCCUGCACCCAUGACCUCCAACCCUCAGGUCACCAAGCAGCCACCUCUGCCUCCACCCAAGCCCAUGAACAGGAACAACGCCAACAUGUUGGUCUCCGCCCUGCAGGGGGGAGAGAACGCUCAGCUUCCUCUCUACUGGUCCUGCUGGAAGCGGGAGUGUGACUAUGAUGUCUACCUGUCUCUGCCUGUCUACCUGUGCCGGCGGGCCGGAGGCUUGCGUUCAGGCGACUUCACUCAAACUGGAGGUGCCACUCUUGCACCAGCAAAGCCCUCUCCACCAAUGCCCCCCAAGAGGACGACCCCUGUCACCAAACGCACCCCAGACGACUCGGCUGCUUCUAACCAUCCCAUCAACCCGUCUGCUCUCUCCCUGGAAGACCACAGCAACAUUCCUGGACUGGGCUUCCAGCUGCCUUCGCCCUCCCCACCUCUCCCAACUCACAAACCGCCCUCUCCACCUCGCCAACAUAUGCACAGCCAUCACCUCCACCAUCAGCACUCCUACCCCCACCCACUGCCUCAACCCAUUCCCAUGCUUUUUGACCCACCGAGCCCCAUAAACGAGUCCCCCCAGCGUCCGGCCCCCAUCCCACUGCAUAUCAUGAUCCAGCGAGCACUGUCCAGUCCUGGCCCGGCUCAGCCACAUCCAGACGGGUCACAGCGUGCACACGCGCUGCUCUUUGAGACCCCUCCAGAGUACCAGGGAGACCGAGGUCGCCCUCUGCCUGUCAGUAUCCAGCCACUGAAACUAUCUGAAGAUGACUACUCAGAAGAAGAGGAGGAGCUUGGAGAUGAAGAUGAUGAUGAUGAAGAAGAGGAAGAGUAUGACGGGGAGAUCCCUCAACCAGAACUGGAACCUCGGAGUCGUCGAUGUUUGGUGGGUGACGCCGUUUGUGUCCUUCCAAGAGGUAACAGCAGUGAAGAGGAGGAUGAAGAAGAGGAUUAUGAUGAGGAUGAGCAUGACAUGCAGAGGGAGGACAGUGACUCUGAUGGUCCAGUGCUCCAUAGAGAUGAAGACUCGGAUGAGGAUGAGGACGAUGAGCCCCCAACAAGUGCUUUGGCCAGCAGGGUGAAGAGGAAGGACACCCUGGCACUGAAGCUGAGCAACCGUCCCACGAUUCAAAGCAGAGACAGGUUCACACAGGAGAGGAGCUGCAGAGACGACCAGCCUCCGGGACAGACCGGCCUCACAUGGCAGAGCAGGGAACAGUGGGAGGCCAUCCGCACACAGAUUGGCACUGCACUCACAAGACGGCUUAGCCAGAGACCCACAGCGGAGGAGCUGGAGCAAAGAAACAUCCUUCAGCCCAAAAAUCAGGCUGACAGACAAGCUGAGGUUAGAGAAAUCAAACGGCGCUUGACCAGGAAGCUGAGUCAAAGGCCAACCGUUGCAGAACUACAGGCAAGAAAAAUCCUGCGUUUCCAUGAAUAUGUUGAAGUCACAGACGCUCAGGAUUAUGAUCGGAGAGCAGACAAGCCAUGGACUAAGCUGACUCCUGCUGAUAAGGCAGCCAUCAGGAAAGAACUCAACGAUUACAAGAGCACAGAAAUGGAGGUUCAUGAAGAGAGCAGAAUUUACACAAGGUUUCAUCGGCCAUAGCCUCCCUCUCUCCAUCAUGGUCAAUGAAGCACUUAUGAUCUCUGUGUCUGGAGGCCGUUCCCUCUGCAGACUUAUGGCCCUUUACGUCUCCUGAAUGUACUCUACAGAUUAUCAGGGAAAGCCUGGACUUACUGACUUACAAUAAGAACGCUGCCUCCUUUGCCCUACAUCGCCCUCGGGCUACAUCGCUUUCACUGAACUGAAGACGGGAAAUAGGCAAGGACCAGAUGCAGUAUUUCUCCCAGACAACAGGGGGAACCACGUGCCAAUGAAGUGAAGGAGUGGCAGCAGACCGACAGGGCUUAACUCUCACUCUGCUGUUAUGUGGUACCCCUCAGGGACUUGGAUCUAGUUACAACCUUUAAUGCAGCCUCAUUCUGUGUUGCCUUUUUCCUCCUUUUACUGUAAAUGGAACAACUGAUUUCAUCCUGUCAAUGUAAUAACAUACAAUAAUAAUAAUUAUGACUUAUGACUCUACUCACAGUAAUAAUUAAUAGUGAAGUCAGGUGGCAGCAGCAAUGCAGGCUGGAGGAUGAAGACUGGAAUAUUCUGUUCUAGGACUGAUUUCUUUUGAAAUAUUGUAUGUGUUUUGCAUAAAAACCUGUACAGACUGUUAUUGUGAUAACUUUAGAAUGAAAGUUAUCACUGAAUACGAGACACCAUGCACAAGAUAUUUUAUAUUGGUAUUCUGUUGAAAUGAGUAGUGACAGCUUUUAUUUAAGCCUUUUUAUUUGGCUUGCCUGUAUUUAUGGUUGUGAUGUGAGGUGGCCAUUUAAGCAUUGUUGUAGAUAUAGGAAAUAUGUCAGGUGGCUGUUUUUGUGCCAAUGCCCGAACGACUAUAGGAUGCUGGUUUGUAUAUCAGUAAUUUCUGCAAUCCACUGCAUGAGCCAACACAAUAUCUUCUUUUUUUUCAUUCAUACUGUUUUGGUUUUUUUUUUUAAAUUAAGUUUUUGUACUACCCUUUAGUGGUCAAACUUGCAACACAUUCUCUAGCCAUUAUGAAAAAAAAGGAUCAUGCUUGUAGUGUCUUAGAGUUAAUGGUAAGUUACUAUGAGUGUAGAUCAGGGAUUAAUAGGGG